UUCUAGCAAUUGCUUCUUAUAGCCUCCUUACAUUGAUUUACUUUCUCAAGCUAUAGCUAUCUUUAAUUUCUGUGAUAGAAAUUGAAACAUUUUGUUUUGUAGCAACGUAACUCAAAGCCAUGGCCCUAACAACUUAUAACUAUGUUUUGGUCGUGCUUCUUUUGGUCAUUAAUAUUAUCGCUUUCGCAAAUUGUGCUGAUAAUAUUGAUGAUGAUUUGGGAUUUGGAGCUUCGUAUAUCUUUGGAGAUUCUUUAGUAGAUGCAGGAAAUAAUAACUAUUUACAAACCUUAUCAAAGGCUAAUAUUCCACCUAAUGGCAUAGAUUUUAAAGCUUCUGGAGGGAACCCUACUGGUCGCUACACAAAUGGAAGAACCAUAGGAGACAUUGUCGGAGAGGGACUGGGCCAACCCCAUUAUGCCACACCAUAUCUCGCUCCAAAUUGCACAGGAAGAGCUAUUUUAUACGGAGUUAACUAUGCAUCAGGAGGAGGUGGGAUUAUGAAUGGCACGGGAAGAAUAUUUGUAAACAGGCUUUCAAUGGACAUCCAAGUUGAUUAUUUCAACAUUACUAGAAAAGAGAUCAGUAAGCUAUUGGGUGAAUCAAAGGCAAGGGAUUAUAUCAUGAAAAAAUCCAUUUUCUCAAUCACAAUUGGGUCCAACGAUUUCCUCAACAAUUACCUUCUUCCUGUACUUUCUAUUGGUACAAGAAUAACGGAAUCCCCAGAUGCCUUCAUUGAUGAUCUUCUCGGUCACUUGAAGGCACAACUUACGAGAUUGUACAAACUGGAUGCAAGAAAAUUUAUAAUUGGAAACGUUGGACCAAUUGGUUGCAUCCCUUACCAAAAGACAAUUAAUCAGUUGAAGGAAAACGAAUGCGUGGAAUUAGCAAACAAGCUAGCACUUCAAUACAAUGCUAGAUUGAAAGAUAUGCUCUCUGAAAUGAACAAAAAUCUCGACGGAGCAACUUUUGUACAUGCAAAUGUUUACGAUCUUGUUAUGGAACUCAUCACCAAUUAUGACAAAUAUGGAUUUGCAACUGCGACAAAAGCUUGCUGUGGAAAUGGAGGGCAAUUUGCUGGUAUAGUUCCAUGUGGACCAACCUCUAGUAUGUGUUCAGAUCGUGACAAACAUGUAUUUUGGGAUCCUUAUCAUCCGAGUGAAGCUGCUAACCUUAUAAUUGCCAAACAAUUGCUGGAGGGUGACCCCAAAUAUAUAUCUCCCAUGAAUCUUAAACAGCUUCGAGAUCUCUAAUUUCCUUAAUUUUUCACAAAUUGUCUUGUAUUAUGUCAAAUUAUCCAUGCCUCUGUCGAAGGACUAGUCUUCCUUUUUCUUUUGUUUA